AUGGGCAAGCCUGCAAAGUGGUUUAAAAAUGUACUACUUGGAAAGAAACCCUCUAAAUCCAGUAACGGUUCCAAAGUAUAUGAGAGAGUUGUGAGCGGAAAAGAGGUUCUGGUUACUACAAAGGUAGAAGAAUCCCAUGUGGUAUCAGAGAUACAACAAGAUAUCUCAGAUGAUGAAAUACAGCUUGUUGAAAGCAAACCAACAGAUAUUCAGAAAGAUGCACCUGCGCUAGACAGGUGGUCAGUACUAUCUGAUGCAGAGAGAAUCCAACAAGAGGUUGCAGCAGCAACGUCGGUCCAGGCUGCGUUUAGAGGCUACUUGGCUCGGCGUGCCUUUUGGACACUCAAAGGCAUAAUAAGGCUACAAGCACUUAUCCGUGGUCACCUGGUUAGGAGGCAAGCUGUUGCAACUCUCUGCUGUGUCAUGGGAAUCGUGAAGUUGCAAGCGCUUGCUCGAGGAAGAGAUAUCAGAAACUCUGACAUUGGAGUUCAAAUUCAUAGGAAAUGCAAAUUGCAAAUGCUUCAGGAGAAAAAUGUUGCAAACUCUACAGAUGCUUACCUUGAAAUCAAGAAACGAACAGCUAACGCUUUUGCUCUGAAGCUUCUUGCUUCAUCGCCAAAAGUGAUACCUGUACACACACCCUACGAUUCAUCCCAUCCAAACUCAAGCUCCAUCUGGUUAGAGAACUGGUCAGCUUCAUGCUUCUGGAGACCAAUUCCUCAACCUAAGGAAACAAUGGGGAGAAGAUUCAUAGAAGCUGAAACUGCAAAACCCAAGAAGAGUGUUGAUAGACCCAAACGCAGCUUCAGGAAAGUUUCAAGCCAGUCUAUAGAACCGCCUGCUGUUGAAGAUCCUCAGGUUGAACUUGAAAAGGUCAAACGUAGCUUGAGGAAGGUGCACAAUCCUGUCGUUGGGAGCUCUGUCCAACCUCAACCAGUCAUGAAACUAGAAGAACCUGUGGAAGUCUUUGAAGUAGACAAGAAGCAAGAAGUGCCUGAACAGACUGAUGAGGUGGAAGCAUAUACUCCUGGACCAUUGGAAGCCAAUGAAGCACUAGAUUACUCACUGGUCAACCAAAUUGACAGCAAGGAAACACCUUCAAUGGAAGAGAAAACUCCCAAACCGAAUAGUAAAGAGAGUACAGCUGGAAAGGAGAACCAGAAGUCAAGGAGAAAGAGUUCAGUUACUAACAAGACCGAGCGUGAAGAGAGUAAUAGGCAUCAUCAUCGUCAGACUAGUCCAUCAAUCCCAAGCUAUAUGCAAGCAACUAAAUCAGCGAAAGCAAAGCUGAGGCUGCAAGGCUCACCAGUGUCUGCUGAGCAAGAUGGGACUGAGAAAGCCAAUGUUCCUAGGCGUCACUCUCUACCGUCUUCAGGUAAUGGAAGGAUCACCUCUAGUUCUCCAAGAACAACGAGACUAGCAAGCUCUGUUGACAAAACCGGGAAUAAGAAGGAGAAACCUCUUCUGUCAUCUGCAAAGACAACUCCGGUAGAGCGGAAGAGGUGACUUGAUUACAUCAUAAAAGUUGUCGUUCUUGAUUCUACAGUAGCAACAUUGUCAACAUGAGUAAUGCAACCAUCUAUCUAUUAUAAAAGCUAGAUUUCGAGUUCAUGAUUGUGUUAGUGUGUUUAUGUUGGCCAAGUGUUACCGUUGGCUGCUGAGUAUCUGCAACUGUGAGGGUGUCAUAAGCCGAUAAUGUUACAUCGCAAGGGUGUUUGAAACUUGUUCUUUCUUCCUUCUCUGGUUUUAUCAUUACAUAAUUUUGAUUAAUUUUUCAGAUUUAAAACUGUUGUGUCUAUAUGAAUCUGUGAUUAUUUAAGAAUGU